UAACGACACGCUUGGGACUAGUAGAAAUAGUGUCGAUUUUCUUGUUUAAUUUCAAACCUUUUUGUUAUUUGAGGAAAGGUUGUAAAGCAAAUUAAUAUGGAUUACACAAUAGACGAAUUACAUGCGAUGAAACGCAUCGAUCUGCAGAAAUUAUGCAAGCAAUUUGGAAUCAAAGCGAACAUAAAAACAGAGAAAAUGGUGGAAGAAUUGAGCAAACAUUCUAAACCAAGAAAUUUACAAAAUGAGCAGAGUAAUUCUAUACGACCUAGUGAUGAAACAGUUCUCAAAGAACCAGACAUUGCUGAAGGAAUCAAGGAUGAUCAAAGUGAAGUUGAAGAAACACAAAAUAUACGCAAGAAAGAAGAAAAGGAGACUCGAGCUACCAAACGAAAAUCUGGCCGCAAAGUGAAGGCACCGAGCAAGAUUCCAAGACGCCAUGAGAAAAAGAAUGAAAAUAUUAAAUUUGAAUGCAACACUCCAAAAACUAAUGAAAAUGGGAAGAGUAAAACUCCAAAAAAUAACGCACCAAAAGAUUGGACCAAAAUACAUCAAAGGCAAUUUGACAAGAUGGAUUCCCUGGAUGUGUAUUUGACAAAGAAGCGAAAGAGGGCAGAAGAUUUAUCCUGCAGUGCAAAGAAAGUUAAUCUGGUGUCGGCAGAAGAGAAAUCAACGACAGAGAAUAAAGUUAUUCAAAGACCAAAACCUCAACCUACCAAGCCAACUCCUGUCAAUAAACCAAAGAUAGAAGUGGUUGUCACUCCAAAACCGGAAGCGGAAACAUUGGCCAACAAAAAGCGACUGACUUUCAAUUUCUUCCCCUCAACAAAGGAGAACCCCAUUCGGACACCUCGAGCAGGCAAAAGACGAACUACUCUAACAGACACAGAACCAAGACAGGCGACACCAUUUAGAUUAACGACAAACACAAUGCCAUUUGGCUCCCCCACUCCAAGGAAGAAGUUCGACUUGCAAGCAAGCCUUGCAAAACCGCUACGUUAUAAGCCUUACACAGGUAAACUGCCAACACCACCUUAUGCAAAGAACUCACCCAAAAUUGUUUCUGUCAAGAAAGCCAAUGCCCCCAAAACACACCAGAGAGACAUCAAAGCUGUCAAGACUAAAACUCGCAAGGAUCGUCGUAUGCAACAAAUGAAAUCUCAAAGUCGGGCAAGAGAAUCAGCUGUGAGCAGAAGACGUGGUCUGAUGAAUUAACCUGACAUUAUAAACGAUAAAUUCCUAGUUUAUGUAUGUAUAUAGUAUCAUAUAUAUUGUAUGGCAUCUCACUUAAUAACUUCAGACCUUCACUAUACCCCUUCUCUGUUGUAAAUAAACCUUGGUUCCUUUUUUCUUGUUAGAAUUUCGUUUGAGCAUUCGUGCAUGCAUCAGCAAGAACUAUUACAUCUUACAACAACUUAGUAAAACUCACCUCAGUUCUUGUGUAACGUACUUCAUAACGUAACGUUCUCUGCUCUCAGCAAUUUCAAGCAACCAGCUAGUAUUCGCACUGAGCCUCAGCAACACUUUGCAACACUCAAGCAGUCAUCUUGACAAUUCACUCCUCAAGUCC